AUGGGGGGCAGCUGGCUACUCCCGUUCCUCCUCCCGAUAAUCGUCACAAGGGCCGCCCUCAUCGUCGGCGGCGGCAUUGGCAGCGGCGGCGGCGUUUGGAUCGGCGGCGGCGGCAUCAACAACCCUCCUCCCUCAGAGACGGCACCAAGCGGGGCCUACGCCGCCCUCCAGGCCUGGAAGUCCGCCAUCACCGACGACCCGCUCGGCAUAACCCGGUCCUGGACCGGCCCGGACGUCUGCUCCUACCGGGGCAUCUUCUGCACCGACGAGGUCGAUUUCCUCGGGAAUCCGGCCGGAAAGUCCGUCACCGCCGUGGAUCUGAACCGCGCGAACCUCGCCGGCGCCCUGGUCGAGCAGCUGGGCCUACUCACUUCCCUCUCCCUCUUCCACGUCAACAGCAACCGAUUCUCCGGCACCGUCCCAGCAUCCUUCCGCCGCCUCUCCUCCCUGACGGAGCUCGACCUCAGCAACAACCGCCUGUCGGGGCCGUUCCCGGCGGCCGCCCUCGAAAUGCCGAGCCUCGUGUACCUCGACCUCCGCUUCAACUCCUUCUCCGGCGGCAUCCCGCCGGAGCUCUUCGAGCGGCGUCUGGACGCCAUCCUGCUGAACAACAACGCGUUUUCCGGCGAGCUGCCGGAGAAUCUAGGGAACUCGGCCGCGUCGGUGAUUAACCUGGCCAACAAUCGACUCACGGGGAGCAUCCCCUUCAGCUUCGGGUACAUGGGCGGGAUAAGGGAGAUUCUGUUCUUGAACAACCGGCUGACGGGGUGCGUGCCGGAAGGGGUGGGGUUGUGGGCGGGGCUUCAGGUGCUGGACGUGAGCUCCAAUCUGUUAAGCGGACGGCUGCCGGAGUCUCUGUCCUGCCUGGCCCAGAUCGAGGUUCUCAAUUUAGGGCGCAACAGGCUGUCCGGGGAGCUGCCGGACGUGGUGUGCUCGUUGAGGAGGCUGGUAAAUUUGACGGUGGCGGCGAAUUUCUUGUCCGGGGUGGGGCAGGGGUGUGACGUCACUGACAAGGGAUUUGAUUUGUCGUUCAAUUGCAUACCGGGGAAGGAGAUGCAAAGGCCCGGGAACGACUGUUCGGGAGGGCCCGGGCCCGCACUUAGCUGUAUAAGAAUUCCUUCGGCUAAGCCGCUGGUGUGUGGGACAGUGAUAAUCCCUUAA